AUGCACAUAGUUCUGUCUUCUACGGGAUACCAUAUUCAUUUCUUUGUCAUGGGCGAUUACAGGCGACGUUCAAGCCUACCUGCAAUAAAAGACCAAGAACUAGCAGCUAUCACAACGGACAUAGAUGGCGUGAAAGCUGAACUGGAGGAAUUGGAGAGGAAACAGCGCCGUCGAAUGGCUGCCCUUCAGAAAGCUGAAGAGGAGCAGCGACAAAGAGAAGUGGCUGAACGCGAAGAACAGGUGGAAAGAGAACGUCAAGCGCGCCAGGAGCAAGAGAAGUUAGUUUUUAUUUAUUAA